CCCAUUAAUUUCCAACAUUAAAACAUCCAUAACUUGAACAAAUUAAAUUAAUAAAUAUAUCAAAUUAAUUCUUGAAUCAUGGCAGAAGAAGCUUCAAAAAACCACACACCAACAUCAGCAUCGGAUUUGAUGACAAGCGCCAAGACAGUAGCCGAAGCAGCACAGUUGGCUGCUUCCCAACAAACAGACAAGAUUGACAAGGCUAAGGUUGCCGGUGCGGCUGAAGACAUUCUAGAAGCUGCUAAAAGCUACGGCAAACUCGACGAAAAUAGUGGUAUUGGACAAUAUGUAGGCAAGGCUGAAGGUUACCUUCAUCAAUUCUCAAGCUCCUCUGAAACUGAAACUAAAACUGAAGCUGCUCCUCCCAAAGAUGGUGAUCAGGAAAAGGAUAAGGCUUCUCCUCACAAGGAAGAGUCUAAAGGUGAAGAUGGUGGGUUGAUGAAUGUGGCUAAAGGAUUAGGGGGUUUCUUUAAAUAAUAUAUAUGUCAAUAAAGUUUUAUGGAUCAUGUUGUUUACUUGUAGUCUCUUAAGUAAGAUGUUAUGUUUCCUUAUAAUUUGAUCUAUGCAUGUUGUUUUAGUUUUGUUAUGAAAAUGUACUUUGGACAUUUCCCUAGUAUGAUUCCUUUAGUUAAAGGGUGUUUCGCAAAUUAUUGUUCGUUA